AUGGCUUAUGAUGAUGAAGUGGUUCUGCAGUGCACUGCUACAGUUCACAAGGAACAACAGAAAUUGUGUCUUGCUGCAGAAGGAUUUGGCAACAGGCUCUGCUUCUUGGAAUCAACUUCUAAUUCCAAGAAUGUUCCUCCGGAUCUCUCCAUCUGUACUUUUGUUCUGGAGCAGUCAUUGUCAGUCAGAGCUCUCCAAGAAAUGCUGGCUAACACAGAGGAGAAAGCAGAAGGGCUAGUUGAUGUGGAAAAAUGGAAAUUUAUGAUGAAGACUGCGCAAGGUGGUGGUCAUAGAACGCUCCUCUAUGGACAUGCAAUAUUACUGCGCCAUUCUUACAGUGGCAUGUAUCUGUGUUGUCUUUCCACAUCACGAACAUCAAUGGAUAAAUUGGCUUUUGAUGUAGGUUUGCAAGAAGAUACCACAGGAGAAGCCUGCUGGUGGACUAUACAUCCUGCUUCCAAACAACGUUCAGAAGGAGAAAAAGUGCGUGUUGGGGAUGAUCUCAUCCUUGUCAGUGUCUCUUCAGAAAGAUACUUGCAUUUAUCUUACGGCAACAGCAGCUUGCGUGUGGAUGCAGCUUUCCAGCAAACACUUUGGAGUGUUGCCCCAAUCAGUUCCGGAAGUGAAGUAGCUCAAGGCUAUCUAAUAGGAGGUGAUGUACUGAGGUUAUUACAUGGUCACAUGGAUGAAUGUCUGACGGUUCCUUCAGGAGAACAUGGAGAAGAGCAGAGAAGAACUGUCCAUUAUGAAGGUGGUGCUGUGUCAAUUCAUGCUCGUUCUCUUUGGCGAUUGGAGACUUUGAGGGUUGCAUGGAGUGGAAGUCACAUUAGAUGGGGGCAGCCAUUCAGAUUAAGACAUAUAACAACAGGGAAAUAUUUAAAUCUCAUGGAUGAUAAGAGUCUUCUUCUAACAGACAAAGAAAAAGCUGAUGUGAAAUCUACAGCAUUUUGUUUUCGAUCUUCCAAGGAGAAAUUAGAUGUAGGGAUAAGAAAAGAAGUGGAUGGCAUGGGAACCCCAGAAAUAAAGUAUGGAGAUUCAGUCUGCUUUAUACAGCAUGUAGACACAGGUUUGUGGCUUACCUACCAAUCAGUGGAUGCAAAGUCUGUAAGAAUGGGAUCUGUGCAGCGCAAGGCCAUCAUGCACCAUGAGGGCCAUAUGGAUGAUGGAUUGACAUUAUCCAGAUCUCAGCAUGAAGAAUCACGUACAGCACGAGUAAUUCGCAGUACUGUCUUCCUUUUCAACAGGUUCAUAAGGGGCCUUGAUGCUCUCAACAAGAAAGCUAAGUCUUCCAUAGUUGAUUUACCCAUUGAAUCAGUCAGCCUUAGCCUUCAGGACUUGAUUGGUUACUUCCACCCACCAGAUGAGCACUUAGAGCAUGAAGACAAACAGAACCGACUAAGAGCUCUGAAGAAUCGACAAAAUCUCUUCCAAGAAGAGGGUAUGAUCAAUUUAGUGCUUGAAUGUAUUGAUCGCUUACAUGUGUACAGCAGUGCAGCUCAUUUUGCUGAUGUAGCUGGAAAGGAAGCAGGAGAAACUUGGAAAUCUAUUCUAAAUUCACUGUAUGAAUUAUUAGCGGCUUUGAUUAGAGGGAAUCGUAAAAAUUGUGCUCAGUUCUCCGGAUCUCUUGAUUGGCUCAUUAGUAGACUGGAGAGAUUGGAGGCAUCUUCUGGAAUUCUUGAAGUACUACACUGUGUGUUGGUGGAAAGUCCAGAAGCAUUGAAUAUUAUUAAAGAAGGACAUAUUAAAUCAAUCAUUUGUCUUUUGGACAAACAUGGCAGAAACCAUAAGGUAUUAGAUGUUCUUUGUUCAUUGUGUGUAUGUCAUGGAGUAGCUGUGCGAUCCAAUCAACAUUUGAUCUGUGAUAAUCUUCUGCCAGGGAGAGACCUUCUUCUUCAAACUCGCCUUGUCAAUCAUGUGAGCAGCAUGCGACCAAAUAUUUUCCUUGGAAUCAGCGAAGGCUCUGCUCAGUACAGAAAAUGGUAUUACGAAUUAAUGGUUGAUUAUGUGGAGCCAUUUACAACAGCAGAAGCUACUCACCUUCGUGUAGGUUGGGCAUCAACAGAAGGCUAUUCACCAUAUCCAGUGGGUGGAGAAGAAUGGGGCGGCAAUGGUGUUGGUGAUGACUUAUAUUCCUAUGGUUUUGAUGGACUUCACCUAUGGUCAGGUUGUGUAGCAAGAUCAGUCAAUUCUCCUAAUCAUCAUCUACUCAAGACUGAUGAUGUCAUCAGCUGUUGCCUUGACUUGAGUGCUCCAAGUAUUUCAUUCCGAAUAAAUGGGCAGCCAGUGCAGGGAAUGUUUGAGAAUUUCAACACAGAUGGUCUUUUCUUUCCGGUUGUCAGCUUUUCAGCAGGGAUAAAAGUACGAUUUUUGCUCGGAGGUCGCCAUGGGGAAUUUAAAUUCCUUCCCCCUCCAGGAUAUGCUCCAUGUUUUGAAGCUAUUCUGCCCAAAGAAAAGUUAAAAGUAGAACCCAGCAGGGAAUAUAAACAAGAUUGCAAUUGCUCAAGGGAUCUCUUGGGACCAAAUAUUUCUUUGUCACAAGCAGCAUUCACUCCAGUACCUGUAGAUACCAGUCAGAUUGUAUUACCUCCACAUCUGGAAAGAAUUAGAGAAAAACUAGCUGAGAAUAUCCAUGAACUUUGGGUGAUGAAUAAAAUUGAACUUGGAUGGCAGUAUGGACCAAUUAGAGAUGACAACAAGCGGCAGCAUCCCUGUUUGGUAGAGUUUGCUAAACUGCCUGAACAAGAACGGAAUUAUAAUCUUCAGAUGUCACUAGAAACAUUAAAAACAUUGCUGGCAUUAGGCUGUCAUGUUGGAAUUGCUGAUGAGCAUGCUGAAGAAAAGGUGAAGAAACUAAAACUUCCCAAAAAUUAUCUAUUAUCAAGUGGAUAUAAACCUGCUCCUAUGGAUUUAAGUUGUAUCAAGUUGACUCCAUCUCAGGAAUCCAUGGUUGAUAAACUUGCAGAGAACGCUCACAAUGUAUGGGCAAGAGAUCGUAUAAGGCAGGGAUGGACAUAUGGAAUUCAACAGGAUGUGAAGAACCGUCGAAAUCCUCGCCUUGUCCCCUAUACACUUCUAGAUGAUCGCACUAAGAAAUCAAACAAAGAUAGUCUCCGAGAAGCAGUUCGUACUCUCAUCAAUUAUGGAUAUAACCUUGAAGCUCCAGAUCAAGACCAUGCUGCAAGGCCUGAUGUGUUUGAUGGCAUGAUAGAAAGGUUCAGGAUAUUCCGAACAGAAAAAACUUAUGCUGUAAAAACUGGGAAGUGGUACUUUGAAUUUGAAGCGAUAACUGCUGGAGAUAUGAGAAUUGGCUGGGCCAGGCCAGGUUGUCAGCCAGAGCAAGAGCUUGGCUCAGAUGAUCAAGCAUUUGUAUUUGAUGGUUUCAAGGCUCAGCGAUGGCACCAGGGAAAUGAGCAUUUUGGGCGUACUUGGUUAACAGCAGAUAUUGUGGGAUGCAUGGUGGAUCUGAAUGAGCACACCAUGAUGUUUACACUGAAUGGUGAAAUCCUUCUUGAUGACUCAGGUUCUGAACUUGCAUUUAAAGAUUUUGAGGUUGGUGAUGGCUUUAUACCUGCCUGUAGCCUGGGAUUGUCUCAGGUGGGCAGAAUGAACUUUGGCAAAGAUGUUAGCACUUUGAAAUAUUUCACUAUUUGUGGCUUACAAGAAGGCUAUGAACCUUUUGCUGUGAAUACAAAUCGUGACAUUACUAUAUGGCUGAGCAAGAGAUUACCUCAGUUUCUUCCAGUACCAGCAAAUCAUGAACAUACUGAGGUUACAAGGAUUGAUGGCACUGCAGAUAGUUCUCCAUGCUUGAAAGUCACACAGAAGUCCUUUGGAUCUCAAAACAGCAAAACAGACAUCAUGUUUUAUCGUCUAAGCAUGCCCAUUGAAUGUGCAGAAGUGUUUUCUAAAAUGCCUGGAGGAGGAAUGCCAAAUUCUAAUCUUUUUGGCCCAAAGAGUGAUUUGGAUGAUUAUGAUGCAGAUUCUGAUUUUGAAGUUCUCAUGAAGACUGCUCAUGGUCAUCUUGUACCUGACCGUGUAGAAAAAGAAGCUGCAAAAUCAGAGUUCAAUAACCAUAAAGAUUAUACACAAGAGAAACCUUCACGCCUCAAACAAAGAUUUAUGCUGAAAAGGACGAAGCCAGACUACAGCACAAGCCAUUCUGCAAGACUAACUGAAGAUGUCCUAGCAGAUGAACGAGAUGAUUAUGAUUAUCUAAUGCAAACAUCUACAUAUUAUUAUUCUGUACGUAUAUUUCCUGGACAAGAACCUGCUAAUGUUUGGGUAGGCUGGAUUACAUCUGAUUUUCAUCAAUAUGACACAAACUUUGAUUUGGACAGAGUCCGUACUGUUACAGUAACCUUAGGAGAUGAAAAAGGGAAAGUUCAUGAGAGUAUCAAACGAAGCAACUGCUAUAUGGUGUGUGCCGGAGAAAGCAUGAGUCCAGGGCAAGGACGCAAUAAUAAUGGAUUAGAGAUUGGUUGCUUGGUUGAUGUUGCAACUGGUAUCCUAUCCUUCACUACCAAUGGCAAAGAAUUAAGCACUUAUUAUCAGGUGGAACCAAGUACUAAAUUAUUUCCUGCAGUAUUUGCACAAGCCACAAGCCCUAACGUUUUCCAAUUUGAGUUGGGACGAAUAAAGAAUGUUAUGCCAUUGUCAGCUGGCUUGUUCAAAAGUGAGCACAAAAAUCCACUUCCUCAAUGCCCACCCCGUCUCCAUGUUCAGUUUCUGACACAUGUUCUUUGGAGCAGAGUGCCAAAUCAGUUCCUGAAAAUUGAUAUAUCACGGAUCAAUGAACGGCAGGGCUGGUCAGUACAGUGCCUGGAGUCUUUGCAGUUCAUGUCCCUUCACAUUCCAGAGGAAAACAGGUCUAUAGAUAUUUUAGAACUGUCAGAACAAGAAGAACUGCUAAAGUUUCAUUAUCAUACUCUCAGACUAUACUCAGCAGUCUGUGCUCUUGGGAAUAACAGAGUUGCACAUGCUAUGUGCAGCCAUGUUGAUGAAUCUCAGCUUCUCUAUGCAAUUGAGAACAAAUACAUGCCAGGCUUCUUACGUGCAGGCUAUUAUGAUCUUCUCAUUGAUAUUCACCUUAAUAGCUAUGCCACUGCAAGGUUGAUGAUGAACAAUGAAUUCAUUGUCCCAAUGACAGAUGAGACUAAAAGCAUUACUUUAUUUCCUGAUGAACACAAAAAACAUGGCCUACCAGGUAUUGGGCUUAGUACAUCUUUACGACCCAGAAUACAAUUUUCUUCUCCCAGUUUUGUAAGAAUUAAUAGUGAAUGCUACCAAUAUAGUCCUGAGUUUCCUCUAGAAAUUUUAAAGUCUAAAACCAUAGAGAUGUUGACAGAAGCAGUUCAGGAGGGUAGCCUUCAUGUCAGAGAUCCAGUAGGUGGUACUACAGAAUUUCUGUUUGUUCCUUUGAUCAAGCUUUUUUAUACCCUUCUUAUAAUGGGAGUCUUCCACAAUGAAGAUCUGAAGCAUAUCUUGCAGCUCAUUGAGCCCAGUGUGUUUAAAGAAGAUAACGGCCAUGAAGUUGAAACCCGAAUAUUAGUGAAGGAACUAGUUACAGAAAGUCUAAAUUUAGAGACAGGUGUGGAUGAAAUCAGAAGAGAGAAGGUUCCAGAAGAAGGACUUCUUCAAAUGAAGCUUCCUGAGCCCGUCAAAUUACAGAUGUGCCAUUUACUCCAAUAUCUAUGUGACUUCCAGAUACGCCAUAGAAUAGAAGCCAUUGUAGCAUUUUCAGAUGAUUUUGUAGCAAAACUCCAAGAAAAUCAGCGUUUCCGAUAUAAUGAAGUUAUGCAGGCUUUAAAUAUGUCAGCAGCUCUUACAGCCAAGAAAACGAAAGAAUUUCGAUCCCCACCACAAGAGCAGAUCAACAUGCUGCUGAAUUUUAAGGAUGAUAAAAAUGAUUGUCCUUGUCCUGAAGAAAUAAGGGAUCAUUUCCUGGAUUUUCAUGAAGAUCUGAUGGCACAUUGCGGUAUUCAGCUAGAUGAAGAUGGAAUUCUAGAUGGAAAUAGUGAUUUAACUAUUAAAGGUCGCCUGCUAUAUCUUGUAGAAAAAAUCACACACUUGAAAAAGAAACAUGCAGAGAAGCUACUGGAUGAUAAUAACAAGAAACCAUCAACUCUCCAACAGCUGAUAUCAGAAACUAUGGUACGUUGGGCUCAAGAAUCUGUAAUAGAAGACCCAGAGUUGGUGAGGGCCAUGUUUGUUUUGCUACAUCGCCAAUAUGAUGGGGUUGGUGGCCUGGUUCGAGCUUUGCCCAAGACAUACACAAUAAAUGGUAUAUCAGUGGAAGAUACCAUCAACUUGCUUGCAUCUCUUGGCCAGAUCCGUUCUCUCCUCAGUGUUAGGAUGGGCAAGGAAGAAGAGAAGCUUAUGAUUCGUGGAUUAGGGGACAUUAUGAACAAUAAAGUUUUUUAUCAGCAUCCUAAUCUUAUGAGAGCGUUGGGGAUGCAUGAGACUGUAAUGGAAGUAAUGGUGAAUGUACUUGGAGGAGGAGAAUCAAAGGAAAUCACCUUUCCUAAGAUGGUGGCAAACUGCUGUCGUUUUCUAUGUUAUUUUUGCCGCAUCAGCAGACAGAAUCAGAAAGCCAUGUUUGACCAUCUAAGCUAUCUUUUGGAAAACAGCAGUGUUGGACUUGCUUCUCCUUCCAUGCGGGGAUCAACACCUUUAGAUGUUGCAGCAGCAUCAGUAAUGGAUAAUAAUGAGCUUGCAUUGGCUUUAAGAGAACCUGACUUAGAGAAGGUAGUCCGCUACUUGGCUGGCUGUGGUUUGCAGAACUGUCCUUUACUAAUUUCUAAAGGCUAUCCAGAUAUUGGAUGGAACCCAGUUGAAGGAGAACGAUACCUGGAUUUCCUUCGUUUUGCUGUUUUUUGCAAUGGAGAGAGUGUUGAAGAAAAUGCUAAUGUGGUAGUCAGACUGCUCAUUCGACGGCCUGAAUGUUUUGGACCAGCACUGAGAGGUGAAGGUGGAAAUGGCUUGCUUGCUGCCAUGGAAGAAGCCAUAAACAUAUCAGAAGAUCCUACAAGAGAUGGUCCUUCAUCAACUAAUGGAUCAACUAAAACAUCAAGUGAAGUAGAAGAAGAAGAUGAUACUGUUCACAUGGGAAAUGCCAUCAUGACUUUUUAUGCUGCUCUGAUUGAUCUCUUGGGCCGCUGUGCUCCAGAAAUGCAUCUCAUCCAUGCUGGCAAAGGAGAAGCCAUUAGAAUCAGAUCUAUUCUGAGGUCCUUGAUUCCUUUGGAAGACUUGGUGGGUGUAAUUAGCAUUCCUUUUCAUAUGCCAACAAUAGCAAAAGAUGGCAAUGUUGUAGAACCUGAUAUGUCAGAGGGGUUUUGCCCUGAUCACAAGGCAGCGAUGGUAUUGUUUCUUGACAGGGUCUAUGGAAUUGAAUACCAAGAUUUUCUUCUACACCUACUAGAAGUUGGCUUUCUGCCAGAUCUUCGUGCAGCUGCUUCUUUAGAUACGGUUGCCCUGAGUGCCACAGAUAUGGCCCUGGCUCUUAAUCGGUACCUCUGCACUGCUGUUUUGCCUUUAUUAACAAGAUGUGCUCCUCUUUUUGCUGGAACAGAACAUCAUGCUUCCCUUAUAGAUUCCUUGCUACAUACUGUAUAUCGGCUUUCCAAAGGCUGUUCUCUUACCAAAGCUCAGCGGGAUUCUAUUGAAGAGUGCCUACUCUCCAUUUGUGGCAUUACAAUUCCUGAAAAACUAGACUACUUUAUAAACAAAUAUGCUGAACAUUCUCAUGAUAAAUGGUGCAUGGAAAAGUUUGCAAAUGGGUGGAUAUAUGGUGAAACAUAUUCAGAAUCUUCCAAAGUGCAGCCAUUAAUGAAACAAUAUAAACUAUUGUCAGAAAAGGAAAAAGAAAUUUAUAGAUGGCCAAUUAAAGAGUCUCUGAAAACCAUGCUUGCUUGGGGAUGGCGGGUUGAAAGAACGAGGGAAGGAGAUACUAUGGCUCUUUAUAAUCGUUCACGUCGGAUAUCACAGACAAGUCAGGUUUCUGUAGAUACAGUCCAUGGCUAUACUCCCCGUGCAAUUGACAUGAGUAAUGUUACCCUGUCCAGAGAGUUACAUGCAAUGGCUGAGAUGAUGGCCGAAAAUUAUCAUAACAUAUGGGCGAAAAAAAAGAAAAUGGAGCUUGAAGCCAAAGUGGGAGGAGGAAAUCAUCCCCUACUUGUACCCUAUGAUACAUUGACAGCCAAAGAAAAAGCUAAGGAUAGAGAGAAAGCCCAAGAUAUUCUGAAGUUCCUUCAGAUCAAUGGCUAUGUUGUGUCCAGAGGCUUAAAGGAUUUAGAAUUAGACACACCAUCCAUUGAAAAAAGGUUUGCUUACAGUUUUCUCCAGCAAUUGAUACGAUACGUAGAUGAAGCCCAUCAAUAUAUUCUGGAAUUCGAUGGUGGCAGCAGAGGGAAAGGAGAACAGUUUCCUUAUGAACAAGAAAUCAAAUUCUUUGCUAAAGUUGUACUUCCUUUAAUUGAUCAAUAUUUCAAAAAUCACCGCCUGUAUUUCCUAUCUGCAGCAAGCAGACCUCUGAGCAGUGGAGGUCAUGCUUCUAACAAGGAGAAAGAAAUGGUAACCAGCCUAUUCUGCAAACUUGGAGUUCUUGUCAGGCAUAGGAUUUCACUGUUUGGAAAUGAUGCAACUUCAAUAGUCAAUUGUCUUCAUAUCUUGGGUCAGACCUUGGAUGCGAGGACAGUGAUGAAGACAGGUUUGGAAACAGUUAAGAUGGCUUUGAGGACAUUUUUGGAUAAUGCUGCAGAGGACCUGGAAAAAACAAUGGAAAAUCUUAAGCAGGGGCAAUUCACACACACUAGGAGUCAGCCAAAAGGAGUAACACAAAUUAUUAACUAUACAACAGUGGCUCUCCUACCAGUAUUGUCUUCAUUAUUUGAGCACAUUGGACAGCAUCAAUUUGGUGAAGAUUUGAUAUUGGAAGAUGUUCAAAUCUCUUGUUAUAGAAUUCUGGCUAGCUUAUAUGCUUUGGGAACCAGCAAGAGUAUCUAUGUGGAACGUCAACGGUCAGCUUUAGGUGAAUGUUUAGCUGCUUUUGCUGGUGCCUUUCCUGUGGCAUUUUUAGAAACUCAUCUGAAUAGUCACAAUAUUUAUUCUAUAUACAAUACCAAGACAACAAGAGCAGGUUUCAGUUUACCAAACAGCGUAAAGGAACUUUGUCCAAAUAUUCCAUCUCUGGAAAAACUAAUGGAAGAAAUUGUAGAAUUAGCUGAAUCCGGCAUUCGCUAUACACAAAUGCCUCAUGUAAUGGAAGUUAUAUUGCCCAUGCUUUGUAGUUACAUGUCACAUUGGUGGGAACAUGGACCAGAAAACAAUCAUAACAAGAGUGAAAUGUGCUGCACAGCAUUGACUUCAGAUGAUAUGAAUACUCUUCUGGGAAACAUUCUAAAAAUCAUACACAAUAAUUUGGGCAUAGAUGAAGGAGCCUGGAUGAAGAGAUUAGCAGUGUUUUCUCAGCCUAUCAUAAGUAAAGUGAAGCCAGAACUUCUGAAGACACAUUUUCUUCCACUGAUGGAGAAACUGAAGAAAAAAGCAGCUCUGGUGAUUGCUGAUGAAGAACACUUACGAGCAGAAGGCAGAGGUGAUAUGUCUGAGGCGGAACUUCUCAUUCUAGAUGAAUUCACUACACUUGCCCGGGAUCUUUAUGCCUUCUAUCCAUUGUUGAUCAGAUUUGUGGACUACAACAGAGCAAAAUGGCUCAAAGAGCCCAACCCUGAAGCUGAAGAUUUGUUUCGUAUGGUUGCAGAAGUUUUCAUUUACUGGUCAAAAUCCCAUAAUUUUAAAAGGGAAGAACAGAACUUUGUGGUGCAAAAUGAAAUCAACAAUAUGUCUUUCCUUAUUACUGACACUAAAUCGAAGAUGUCCAAGACAGCUGUUUCUGAUCCAGAAAGAAAAAAAAUGAAACGGAAAGGGGAUCGUUACUCAACUCAAACUUCUCUAAUUGUGGCUGCAUUAAAAAGAUUGCUUCCUAUUGGGUUAAAUAUUUGUGCACCUGGUGACCAAGAAUUAAUUGCUCUGGCAAAAAAUCGAUUGAGCAUGAAGGACACCGAGGAUGAAGUUCGAGAUAUUAUUUGCAACAACCUCCAUUUACAGGGCAAGCUUGAAGAUCCUGCAAUUAGAUGGCAGGUGGCCCUUUACAAAGAUCUUCCGAACAGAACUGAUAUCACUUCAGAUCCAGAAAAGACUGUGGAACGGGUUUUGGAUAUAGCUAAUGUACUUUUCCAUCUGGAACAGGUUGAGCAUCCUCAAAGAUCAAAAAAGGCAGUAUGGCAUAAACUCUUGUCCAAACAGAGAAAAAGAGCUGUGGUGGCUUGUUUCAGAAUGGCGCCACUAUAUAAUCUUCCACGGCACCGAGCUGUCAAUCUUUUUCUUCAGGGAUAUGAAAAGUCCUGGGUGGAAACAGAAGACCAUUAUUUUGAAGAUACGUUGAUAGAAGACUUAGCAAAACCUGGAGCAGAACCAACAGAAGAAGAUGAAUGUAUUAAGCGAGUUGAUCCUUUGCAUCAACUUAUUUUACUAUUCAGUCGAACAGCUUUAACUGAAAAAUGUAAAUUGGACGAAGAUUACUUGUAUAUGGCAUAUGCUGAUAUUAUGGCAAAGAGCUGCCAUGAUGAAGAAGAUAACAAUGAUGGUGAAGAAGAAGUGAAGAGCUUUGAAGAAAAAGAAAUGGAAAAGCAAAAACUCCUGUACCAACAAGCAAGACUCCAUGAUCGAGGGGCUGCUGAAAUGGUCCUGCAGACAAUUAGUGCCAGCAAAGGUGAAAUGGGACCAAUGGUUGCAGCCACCCUCAAACUUGGGAUUGCUAUCUUGAAUGGAGGAAAUUCAACUGUUCAGCAGAAAAUGCUGGACUAUCUCAAAGACAAAAAAGACGUAGGCUUCUUUCAGAGUCUUGCUGGUCUUAUGCAGUCUUGCAGUGUUCUUGACCUAAAUGCUUUCGAACGUCAGAAUAAAGCAGAAGGCCUUGGAAUGGUAACAGAAGAAGGAUCAGGGGAAAAGGUGAUGCAGGAUGAUGAAUUUACCUGUGACCUCUUCCGAUUCCUUCAGUUGCUUUGCGAAGGUCAUAAUUCAGGUUUUCAGAAUUACUUGAGAACUCAGACUGGUAAUAAUACAACUGUCAACAUUAUCAUAUCAACUGUGGAUUAUUUAUUGAGAGUUCAGGAAUCAAUUAGUGAUUUCUAUUGGUAUUAUUCUGGAAAGGAAGUUAUCGAUGAACAAGGACAACGUAAUUUCUCUAAAGCUAUUCAAGUUGCAAAGCAGGUCUUCAAUACUCUUACAGAAUAUAUUCAGGGUCCCUGUACAGGUAAUCAACAGAGUCUUGCACACAGCAGGCUUUGGGAUGCUGUGGUUGGUUUUCUUCAUGUCUUUGCCCACAUGCAGAUGAAGCUUUCUCAGGAUUCUAGUCAAAUUGAAUUACUGAAAGAAUUAAUGGACCUUCAGAAAGAUAUGGUGGUCAUGCUGCUAUCUAUGUUGGAAGGUAAUGUUGUGAAUGGAACAAUCGGCAAGCAAAUGGUUGACAUGCUGGUGGAAUCGUUCAACAAUGUAGAAAUGAUCCUAAAGUUUUUUGAUAUGUUUCUAAAACUGAAGGAUUUAACUUUCUCUGAUGCAUUCAAAGAAUAUGAUCCGGAUGGUAAGGGCAUUAUUUCUAAGAGAGAUUUCCACAAAGCGAUGGAGAGCCACAAACAUUAUACUCAAUCGGAAACUGAGUUUCUGCUCUCCUGUGCUGAAACAGAUGAGAAUGAAACUUUGGACUAUGAGGAAUUUGUGAAACGAUUUCAUGAGCCAGCUAAAGACAUUGGCUUCAACGUUGCUGUUUUGCUGACAAACUUGUCAGAGCACAUGCCCCAUGAUACACGACUGCAAACUUUCCUUGAAUUGGCAGACAGUGUUCUCAACUACUUCCAGCCAUUUUUAGGACGCAUAGAAAUAAUGGGCAGUGCAAAGCGCAUUGAACGAGUUUACUUUGAGAUCAGUGAAUCAAGUCGGACGCAGUGGGAGAAACCUCAGGUUAAAGAGUCAAAGAGGCAGUUUAUUUUCGAUGUAGUAAAUGAAGGAGGGGAAAAAGAAAAAAUGGAACUUUUUGUUAAUUUUUGUGAAGAUACCAUCUUUGAAAUGCAGUUGGCUGCUCAGAUCUCAGAAUCAGAUCUGAACGAGCGGUCUAUGAAUAAAGAAGAAAAUGAAAAUGACAAGCUGGAAGAGCAAGACCCCCGAAUAGGAUUCUUCUCUCUAGUGACCAUCACAUCCGCAUUAAUAGCCCUCAGGCAUAACAUAAUGACUCUGAUGAAAAUGUUAAGCAUGAAAAGUAUAAAGAAGCAAAUGAAGAAGAUGAAAAAAAUGACCAUGAAGGACAUGGUCAUGGCUUUGUUUUCUUCCUACUGGACCAUUUUAAUGGGUUUCAUGCAUUUUUUAUCGAGCGUCUUCAGAGGCUUCUUUCAAAUCAUGUAUAGCUUGCUGCUCGGAGGAAGCCUGGUUGAAGGAGCCAAGAAAAUUAAAGUAGCCGAACUUUUAGCUAACAUGCCUGACCCUACUCAGGAUGAGGUCCGUGGUGAUGGAGAGGAAGUAGAAAGGAAGCCAGCCGAAGCUGCUUUGCCUGCAGAAGACCUGACUGAUCUCAAGGCUCUAUCUGAAGAUACUGACCUCCUCUCAGAUAUUUUUGGCUUAGAUUUAAAAAGAGAAGGAGGACAGUAUAAACUAAUUCCACAUAAUCCAAAUGCAGGCUUGAGUGAUUUGUUGAGCAGUCCUUCUUUAGUCCCUUUACCUGAUGUGCAAGAAAAAGUACAGGACCAGAAGAUGAAUGAAGAUGAAAAAGAUGGAAGAGAAGAUACUAAAUUCGAACAUGAAAAAGCAGAGGGAGAAGAUGGAGAAAAGGAAGAGAAAACAAAAGAAGAUAAGGGAAAGCAGAAACCAAGGCAGCGUCACAAACAUAGGCAUGGUGAACUAGAAUUGCAAGAAUCUGCCUUCUGGAAAAAAAUUAUUGCAUAUCAACAGAAAGUCCUUAAUUAUUUUGCUCGGAAUUUUUACAAUAUGAGGAUGCUGGCUUUAUUUGUUGCAUUUGCCAUUAAUUUCAUUCUUUUGUUCUACAAGGUAUCUACAUCUUCAGUGACAGAAGAAAAGGAAGUACAAGUAAUUAAUACUGCUGACAAAAUGAAGCUAAACAGCCUAGAAAGUCCUUCUCAUAGAAUCAUCACAGUACACUAUGUCCUUGAAGAAAGCAGUGGCUACAUGGAACCUACACUACGCAUUUUAGCGAUUUUGCACACUGUCAUUUCCUUUUUCUGCAUCAUUGGGUAUUACUGUCUGAAAGUUCCAUUGGUAAUAUUUAAGCGGGAAAAAGAAGUUGCAAGGAAACUGGAAUUUGAUGGACUAUAUAUUACAGAACAGCCUUCAGAGGAUGAUAUUAAGGGACAAUGGGACAGACUUGUCAUCAAUACACAGUCUUUUCCUAAUAACUAUUGGGACAAGUUUGUAAAAAGAAAGGUUAUGGAUAAAUAUGGAGAGUUUUAUGGCAAAGACCGAAUCAGUGAAUUGCUGGGAAUGGACAAGGCUGCUCUAGAUUUCAGUGAUGCUCGAGAAAAAAAGAAACCAAAAAAAGAUAGUUCUUUAUCAGCUGUGCUGAAUUCUAUUGAUGUAAAGUAUCAAAUGUGGAAACUAGGUGUUGUUUUCACUGAUAAUUCUUUUCUGUACCUGGCUUGGUAUAUGACCAUGUCAGUCCUUGGUCAUUACAACAACUUUUUCUUUGCUGCACACCUCCUUGAUAUAGCAAUGGGAUUUAAAACUUUACGAACAAUUCUAUCAUCAGUGACCCACAAUGGGAAACAGCUUGUACUAACUGUGGGAUUACUAGCAGUGGUAGUUUAUCUAUACACAGUAGUUGCUUUCAAUUUCUUCAGAAAAUUCUACAAUAAGAGUGAAGAUGGAGAUAUGCCAGAUAUGAAAUGUGAUGACAUGCUAACGUGCUAUAUGUUUCACAUGUAUGUGGGAGUACGUGCUGGUGGUGGAAUUGGUGAUGAAAUUGAAGAUCCUGCAGGCGAUGAAUAUGAAAUAUAUCGAAUCAUCUUUGAUAUUACAUUUUUCUUUUUUGUAAUUGUUAUUCUACUAGCUAUCAUACAAGGCUUGAUUAUUGAUGCAUUUGGAGAAUUAAGAGAUCAGCAAGAACAAGUUAAAGAAGACAUGGAGACUAAAUGUUUUAUCUGUGGAAUAGGUAAUGAUUAUUUUGAUACAGUGCCACAUGGCUUUGAAACACAUACUCUACAGGAGCACAACUUAGCUAAUUAUCUAUUUUUUCUGAUGUAUCUCAUUAAUAAAGAUGAAACCGAACACACUGGUCAAGAGUCGUAUGUGUGGAAAAUGUAUCAAGAACGAUGCUGGGAAUUUUUUCCUGCCGGUGAUUGUUUUCGAAAGCAGUAUGAAGAUCAGCUUAACUGAUUAAUUAUAAUUGAGGACCAUCCCUUGAGAUUCCAUCAACACCUUUCCCAAUUCCCUUGGGAGCAAUCAUCAGAUUUUCCAGACCCGUUAAAUAGGAUGCUGUUUGGAGCACCAAAACCUUUUUUUUAAUGACUCCUCUGUUCUUUUCCUUCCGAUUUUGCUUUGAGAACAAUGAGAACUUAACUCUAGCAAGAGAAGAAGAAAAAAAUCCCACACAACAAAUCCCCAUAUAUCACAUGAACACAUUUACACAAAAAGAGACUUGUGACCGAUUUUUUUUUUCCUUCUGAGACUGCCUGAUGAUUUCCUUAAAUAGGAGAACACACGUGGAAUAAUGUGAUAAGUCACAUUUCUUCAGUCAUUUAUUUCAUCAUUCUGGAAGGAAUUCUGUGGUUUGCAGAGGUCUUUAAAGGAUUCUGGGGGACACUAAGUUGUGCGGAAAUAGUGCCUUACUAUAUGUAGGUUGAGCUAUGCAGAAGAUGAGUGCAUGAGGACAUCUUAUAUUUUCUUUAUCUGUCCUCUCUUUCCCCCCAAUUUAAUAUUUAUUUUGUCUUUUGGAGGGAUUUGGGUGGGACUUGGUUGUGCACACCUUUUUAAUAAGAUGAUGGCGUGUCUCAGGAUAAAAAGUAGUAGUUGGGUUUUUUUGUCAUUAAGUUACAUUCACAAGAAUCUUCUUCUUUCACUCUUACACUUAUUUUGGUAAUGCUGUAAUGCAGCACUGUAACUUUAUGAAAUCUUUGUAUGAAAACAAAAACACUGCAGAAAAAUGUUAAAAGGAAUUAUUUCAUUGCAUGUUUAUUAUGCAAGUUUAAACAACAGAAAGCAACCUUUUGAAGCAAGUUGAUCAACAUGAAAAAAAAUCACAAUAAUAUUCAUAGUAAUCAAGUGUUGUGGGCUUUAUCGUACAUUUGAAAUCAGUGUCAUCAACCCACAAUUUAUGUAUGUAUUAUGAACUUGCCAGUAGUUUGGUUUCAUUUUCCUUUUCUGUUCCUUUUGUUGCUGUUCAUUUGACCAUUUGUGAUCAUUAGUGGAAUUAAAGCUUUUCUUAAGUUAGUUUUUUAAAAUCAAAGGUAAAGCAAUAGCCAUUCAGGGAUUUCAUUAGUUGCAUCAUGAAGCACCAAGAAUGUGUAACACUCCAUGUUGAG